GGUACCUGAAAUAAAAAAUAAAGUAACCUUAAUGAAAGUUGAUGACCUCAUCAUUGAGACCGUACCAAACAUUUCCAGUGAAGUCGAAUUUAUUCCGACACCUGACUUCGUGUUGAUUCAUCAAAUCAUCAACAACUUCGAUUUAGCUUCAAUUCUUCACAAGAGUAUGUUUUGCUGACAAUUAAAAAAGCCAAUAUGCCUCCGUUCCUUCCGCGCAAACGUCUGCGUUCUUCAUCCCCAGAGCCAGAAUUAGAACCAGGUCCCUCAAGGCAGCAAAAUCUUGGAGGGGAAAAAAGCAAAUCAUUGAAAUCCACUCCGCGAAAAGCUACAUUGUUUGAUGACCUCGAUGCUGGAGCAAAAACUCCUGAAGAUACUAAAGCUAUUCUACAGAAAAUCCAAGCUACGGAUGAUGAUGAUGAGAGCUCAUUAUCGUCCCUUUCUGACGACGAAUUUGAGGAUGUCCCAGAUACGAAUAGAUACCAGCAACAUGAUGCGACAGAUGAUGAGGACGAAGAUGUUGAAUUUGAGGAUGUCGAUACAAAUAUAAUAGAUAAACCGUCUGCGAACAUACCUACUGGUGAUCUCGAACUUACAUUGGUAAAAGAUACGAGGAUAUCGCUCACAAAUACGCUGGGGACGAAGAAGGGACCAAGCAAAAUUGAGAGGGGAAUUCGAGUGGCUACACACCAAAUUCAUGUGCAAAUGUUAAUGUGGCAUAACGCGAUUAGGAAUUCCUGGCUUUGCGAUAAGGAGUUACAGCAGAUUCUAGUAAAACAAUUACCGGAAACAAUCUUGAGGGAGAUUGAAAAAUGGAGGAAGGAUAGUGGACUACAAAUCAAGGCAGAUGAGGCUCCAAAGUCGAAGAGCAAGGGCAAGGGCAAGGCUAUAAAUAGGAAGAAGGUCGAUGUUAGGAGCCAACGGGAUUGGGGGGAGCCUGCAGCAAGGCAGGAGGCUGGCGAGGUCAAUAUGAGUCGUGGGGAUCCUUUGUUUCGUCUUCUAAAAUUAUUGAUGAAUUACUGGAAGCAGAGGUUUAGGAUCAUUGCGCCAGGACUUCGAAAGGUCGGCUACAUGUCUCUCCAUAGGCUUGACGAGGAACACAAGAGUUUUCAAAAAGAUGAACACGAUGUUGAACGCCACGGAGAGAAAAUAGUAGAUAUACAUGAAUAUAGAAAAUGUGCCAAAUCUAUGGAAGGAAGCCGAGACGUUGGCGCUCAAUUUUUCACAGCUUUGUUAAGAGGAAUCGGUAUUGAAUCAAGAAUGGUUGCUAGUCUCCAACCCGUAGGAUUUGGUUGGAAUAAAAACGAAGAUGCAGCGGAAAGAAAGGAUAAGAAAAGAAGAGAAGCUACUCCGACUGAUGAUACCUCCGAUUCUGAGAGUAGCGAAGAAGAAAAGCCUGUCCCGAAACCUGCCUCAAAGCCGGCAAAGAAAGUAAAUGGGAAAGAAAAAGCCGCCCAGAUAACUAAGAAGCCUACGAAGUCUGUCAAUAAGCCUGCGAGACGGAGUUCACGCGGAAAUGGACUAAAAGAUGCCCCUAUUGAUCUUUCAGAAUCCGAAGAACUUUCCAUGUCCAACAAUGAGGAAGAAGAUGAUGAAUCUGUGGUUGAUAUCACGCCAGCGAAAACUCGAGUGCAACCUUCAAAACCGUAUGACAAAGAUCUCCUAUUUCCACAUUAUUGGACCGAAGUUUUAUCUCCGGCCACAAAUACAUAUACACCUGUUGAUCCCCUCGUUCUCAAUAUUAUAGCAACUAAUUCCGAACUUCCACAAAAGUUUGAACCCCGUGGUGCAAAGGCCGAUAAAGCCAAACAAGUCACUGCUUACAUUGUUGGUCAUUCACAAGAUGGUACGGCCAAAGAUGUCACGAUACGAUAUUUGAAAGGUCAUAUGUUGCCUGGUCGAACCAAGGGCAAUCGCAUACCUGUCGAGAAAGUACCGGUCUAUAAUUCUAGAGGCAAGAUCAAGCGCUAUGAAUACUAUGAUUGGUUCAAGACUGUAAUGAGAGGUUAUGUGCGAGGGAGCAAGAAAUGUCCGAGGACGGAUAUUGAUGACCAUGAGGAAGCUACAGACCUCAAAGCUGUUCAGCCCAAGAAAAAGGAAGUGAGGGAAGGAGAGGAAACUCUUCAAUCAUACAAGUCGUCUGCUGAAUUUGUACUGGAAAGACAUCUCAGACGAGAAGAAGCCAUCCUUGAUACAGCAAAACAUGUAAAAAUGUUCACUGUCAAAGCGAAAGGCGAUAACCCUACAGAAGAAAAGGUCUUUCUCCGAAAAGACGUCGUCAGUUGUAAAAGCUUGGAAACAUGGCAUAAGGAAGGCCGAGCACCUUUGCCAGGUGCAAUACCACGAAAACGUGUUCCUUAUCGAGCAGCAACAACAAAUCGGAAGCGUGAGCUUGCUGAAGCAGAACUUGAAAGUGGAGAGAAAAUGUUGCAAGGUCUUUAUAGCCGUGAUCAAACUGAUUGGAUUAUUCCCCCACCUAUUGAGAAUGGUGUCAUUCCUAAGAAUAGCUAUGGAAAUAUGGAUGUUUAUGUGCCGAGUAUGGUACCAGUGGGUGCGGUCCAUAUUCCGAGGAGAGGCACAAAGAGGAUUUGUACACGAUUAGGAAUUGAUUAUGCGGAAGCUGUUACUGGAUUUGAAUUUGGUGCUAGGAUGGCUAUACCAAUUAUAACCGGUGUUGUGGUGGCUGAGGAGAAUCUAGAGCUGGUCAUGGAAGAAUGGGAGAAAGAUGAAGCGGAGAGAGUUAGGAAGGAAGAUGAGAAAAAAACUAAAGCCGCUAUUAGUAUGUGGAGGAAGAUGAUAAUGGGACUUCGGAUUAUUGAAAGAAUGACAGAUGAAUACGGAAGUCAUGGUGGACGGGAAGUAGACCUGGUCAAUCCGUUCAAUAACAAGAAUAAGAAAGAAAAAGAAGUCGGCCGAGACUUUAAUCCGGAAGAGCAAGCGAUCGAGAUGCAACAACAGGAUGAAGAAAUGGCAGGUGGUUUUUUCCCCGAAGGACAUGAUGAAGAGGAAGCGGAUAUGCAUCAUUCGACUAGUUUCUUUCCAGUUGUUGCAUCGCAAGAAGAUGCAGAUGGGGAUGAGGGAGGAGGCGGAUUUAUUGUUGAAGACGAGGAACGGGAGCCAAGUAACGAGACUAAUGGAACUUCAUCUGCCAUAUCUCAAACAUUUCAAUUUAUUGGAGACGAGAAUACCGACACAAACCCAACUUCCAAUGACGAAUCAGAAGAAGAAAUGAAAAACAAAAAACCGCAAGCCAUAUUACCUGCUUCAACUCCCCGCACUAGAGGAAGGCCGGCUGGUUCAAGGAACAAAGUCCUACCCAAAGCCAAACCUGUGCCUUCGGACUCAAAACCUAAACCAAGAACUCCCGCAAAACGCGCCGCUCCUGCACCAAAAGCUUCUGGUAAACGAAAACGUAUCCCAGACUCGGAAGACGAGGAUGAUGACGACGAUGAUGAUGAUAAUGAUUCUUCUUCACUCUCUGAUAUUGAAAUGGAUAAUGAGGAAGAAGAUGAAGACGUUGCGCCACCACUCAAGACAUCAGUAGCGCAGAAACGUGAACCGGUAGCUGAGAGGAGAGCUAUUAUACCGGCGGCUUCUACCACGCCGGUGAGGAAAACUCCGAGAAGAAAUGCCAAAAGGAUUAGUGAGACAGGGACGAGAUCACGUUAUUUCGAACAUGUAGGGAAUAGUGAAGAGGAUGAGGAAGAUUGAGGUGACGAGAGACGCUAAUACGGGGAUGUAUGAUGGAUAUGACCUGACAUGAUACCGGGUGGAUAUGUAUGAUAUAAUAAGCGUGCGACUUUGAUUUCAAACUAGAUGGACACAGACUAGGUUGAGGUCAUGGAACGGCGGUGGGAAUAGAUGGGCGUAUGGCAUGAGGAAAUGAUGCACACUCAGGAGUUAAGAGGUCUAAAACGGCAUCGUAUAUUAAACUUA